AUGGAACAGGACCGUGGGUGGAGCGAACCGUUCCAACCGCCCGGGUUGUUUUUCCCGAACACAAGCUUCGAGGAGGACGACAUCGGUAUGGCUGAUAUGAACGAUAUUAGCGAUAUUGGAGACAUUGCCGAUAUUUAUCAAAUGAACGAGGAAAAGCUGAUGAACAUUAUGGGGGAAGAUUUUCUGACCAACUUUGGUUGGGAGGAAACGCUUAACGAUCCAGCCGCUGCAUCAACUGCACAGGCAUCGGCGAAGCUCACCCCGUCCAGCGUCACAAUAAAAGAGGAAUGUGUUGCGCAGGAAGCGCCUCCAGGUCCAGUACCGGCGGAGACACUUUUUCACCUACCUGCCAGUGUUAGUAAGGAACCGGUGCUGCUCGCACCGAAACCAACCACACCGAACGUUCCAUUGCUGUCACCGAAAGAGGAAAAGAAGAUGGUAAUGUGUGCCCCAUUGCUUCAACCGGUUCAUGCCGGUACGGUAACAACCACCACCACCAGUUCGUCGACGCUACCGACAUUAGCGCCCCAGCCACACGAACAGCAGCACCCGAUGCAACUGCAAACCGCGAAUCAUCUCGUGGCGGGCGUUCGGUCUGUUAUACUUGCACCGAAUCGCACCACCAUUACUUCAUCGGGAGCCCCACCUACGACCACCCAGACCACUUUCCUGGUGCAGAACGCCCGCACCCCCGUAACGCAAACGUACACGAAAAAGAUAGCACCGGCAAUGGUGUCGGGUGUUGGUACCGGGGCUCAACCCACCACCGCCCAACAGCAGCAAACCCCUAGCAAUCUUAUGCCCGGCAUCGCGAACGUACGCGUGCAGAACCUCGUCACGAAUGGGCAGUCGCUGAUGCCGCAGCUAAUCACAUUGCAAACGGUGGACAAGCAGUCCGUCUUUCUGCCGGCCAACACGCCUGUCAUCUACGCGAACGCGAACGUACACUCGAUUGCGACCACCUCACCGGCCGCUAGUAUGGUGACGGUGAAACCGAACCCGAACCUUCACACACUCGUCAACACACCGAACGGGCCGAUACUGGCUGCCGGCAUUCCGGUCGUACUGGACGCACCGGCCCAAAUGUCAAGUGGAACCACCAGUGGUACCACUGCCAAUCAGCAGCAACAGGUCUCGGACGCACAACCGAAGGUGCAGCUGAGUCGUCUGCAGCCAGCGGGUGUACCGAAGGUGAAGGAGGUGAAACGAUCCGCCCACAACGCAAUCGAACGGCGCUACCGUACCUCGAUUAACAGCUGCAUCGUCGAGCUGAAGAACAUCGUGGUCGGGGUGGACGCAAAGCUUAACAAAUCGGCCAUCCUGCGCAAAGCGAUCGACCAUAUCCGCUACCUGCAGAAGCAGAACAAUCUGCUGAAGCAGGAAAAUAUGGCGUACAAGAUGCGGUUGGCGGAUCAGAAACAAUCGCUGAAGGAUCUGCUCGUUGGUCAGCAGCAUCUUGCUGAUGAGAUGAUGGUGGGACCGAUAACACCGCCGCGUAGCGACGAAUCGAACCCAUCGUCAUCGCCGGCCCAUUCGGACAGCUCGAUGCCGGGUUCACCGUUUACUGGCUCCGGGUCGCUCUCGUCUGCCGGUGGUGAUGAUCUGCUAGACGACGAGAUGCUGUCCGGGCUGGGCGGCAUGUCGUCGAACGCACGGCUUACAAUCUGCAUGUUUAUGCUGGCCGUGCUGGUGGUGAACCCGUUCGGCAGCCUGCUCUCACUGGCGACGACCGAACAACCAGAGGAGCUCACUACGACCCGCCGCAUACUAGCGGUGGAAGAGUCCCUGUCCUGGUCGCGACUUUCGUCCACCUUGCUGCUAGCGCUCGUCAACUUUAUGUUUCUCGCAUUCUGUCUGGUGCGGAUGCUGGUUUAUGGUGAUCCGGUGCUGUUGCCUCGGUCUCGUGCGUCCACCGACUACUGGAAGCAUAAGCGCCAAUCGGACGUGGAGUUCCGGCGUGGCAAUGCGGACGCCUCCUACCGUGAGGCGAAACUAUGUCUGCAAUCGUUCGGCUUAUCCCUACCAUCGACACGGUUCGAGCGGGUGUCCACUACCGCCUGGCAGUUUGUGCGCAUGUUUUUCCACCGUCUCUACAUCGGGCGGUGGCUGUCACGUCGCACCGGUGGACUGUUCAAACCGGAAGGCGAACGGAUGCACGCACUACACUCCGCUCGAGAGCUGGCCCUUCUCUACCAUCGUCUGAACCAGCUCCAUCUCGUCACCAAUCGGACGGACGCGAACGGGCUAAUGAUGAGCCUGUGUGCGGUAAAUAUGGCCGAAACAGCCGCAUCCGUCAUUUCCGUCGACGACACGAUCGAGAUCUAUCUGCUGGCGGCGCUGCGCGUAAAGCGAAGCUACCCGAAGCUGUUGCAGUACUACUGCCGAUACUAUCUGGCCCAGGCGAAACAGCUCGCGAGCGACCACACCAGCCGACGGUUCCGGUGGCUGUUCACACCGUACGGGUUCCGGUUUCUCACCACCAGUCGGUUCCGGUACGGUGAGCGCACCGACAACUCCGCUGCCCUUUUCACCACGCUCUGCAACAGUGCCGACCCGAUCGAGUAUGUGAUGCGCGAGUAUCGGUUGAAUCUGCUGCAGCAAGCGCUCCAGCUGCUGGUCGGAUCGGGCCACGAGCGUACGGUACGCGAUACCACGAACGGUGCGGGCACACCCGGCAAGGGUGGAGCGGCCGGGGUGCUAGGUGGGAAGGAUGCGAAGGAAGACCACCACGGUAGCAAGUCCAGCGAAGCGGCCGACCUAUCGUCGACCGGGGCGGGCGUCAGUGGUGACAUACUGCACUUUACCGAGCUGCUGCAGGACACGUUCGGGCUGGAGAAACCGGUCCCGUUCGAUGGAUGCAGCGUGCACGGUACGGAGUGCUGUUUCGACGAGCUUGCCCACUGGUGGUGCAAUUUGCUGCGCGUCGCCGGCUUCUGGCUGCUCGGCGAGGAUGAGCUGGCCGAGGCGCUGUACGUGCAGGUGGAAACGAUGCCCGCCACGUUGCAGCAAACGGAUGAUCCACUGGCCCGUGCUCUGUUGUUAGCGUUCCACGCCAGGCGCGGUUUGAUCACCAAGACGGAAUCGAGCGUUGAGGCAAUUUUUGCCAGCUGCAAUGCAAGCAGUCGUUUCCUGGAGGAUAGCCUUACCGGUAAUAUCUGCAAAACGCCGAGCCGAUUGAAGCUGCUAUCUCAACUGCUCGUGUGCGACUGGUUGCUGGAAGCCCGCACGGCGCUGUGGGAGAUUGAGAAGGAUAUGCGCUACAACCAGCAAACGCACCAGACGGUGCCGGGGAAAAUUUUGGCCGCCUUCCAGGCCGAUCUGAAUCUGCUACGGCUGGUCACGAGCAAAUUCCCGAAUGCUCAGUCGCGCGUGUUCCUGUACGAAGCGGUCUGCCGACUGAUGGCCGGUGCCGCACCGGGACCCACCCAGCAGCUGCUCGAUCGGAGCCUCCGGCAGCGCAACUCCCGUUCGUCGCUCAUCUGCGGCAAGGAUCGCUCGGCCCAGCUGGAGGGGGGACGCGAACGGGCCGCCGCCCUGUACGUCGCCUGUAAGCAUCUGCCCGCACCCUGCCUGUCGUCGCCCGGUGAACGGGCCGGCAUGCUGGAGGAAGCCGCCAAAACGCUCGAAAAGAUAGGCGACAAAAAGCGGCUGCAGCAGUGCUACCAGCUGAUGAAAUCACUCGGCAGUGGCAGCGUUACAAACUGA